AUGUCAGCCAAGGAGCAGCAUCCAGGUCCAGGGUCGGGCGUCACGCGGGACCUCGACGCUUCGUCCGUCCGUUGCCUCGGCACGUUGCGGCAAAUCACCGGCCGACGAGGAUCCGGCGAGGCCUGGCGACGGACGACCGAGGGGGCGGCCGGGAUUGGUCGUCGGCCGCUCCCACGGCACGGCCAGGUGACGUAG